AUGAUGGACGUGGAAACGAAUUCGCUGCCCCUUAAGCCGCCGAUUGAAGAUGAGCAGGAUGUUCAGGAUGCGACGGAUCUCGCUGCCAUGGGCCAUGCCCAGGCCUUGACGCGCAAGUUUAAUAUUUGGAGCAUGCUGGCGCUGGCCUUUUGUGUACUUGGAACCUACUCGACAUUCGCGCAGGACUUGAGCAGUGGUCUCACUAAUGGCGCUUCCAUCACCAUUCUCUGGGGUCUCGUGCUCGUCACGGCCUGCAAUCUUUGUGUCGCCCUCUCGCUGGGUGAGCUGACCAGCAGCAUGCCCACGGCCCUCGGCCAGGCGUACUGGGUGUAUCGCCUGUGGAGUACGCCGCUCGGUCGAUUCGUGUCUUACAUGUGUGCGUGGAUCAACACGUUUGGAUGGUGGACCUUGACGGCCUCGCAGGUCGCUUUCAUGACCGAGUUUCUGUUGGGUAUGAAGACGAUGUUUAACCCCGACUGGGACGGUCCCGACAAGGGCUGGCUGAACUUUGUCGUAUAUAUUGGGGUCGUCUUCCUCUUGACUCUCAUCAACGUCAUCAGCUGCCGGCGGGAGCAGGUCCUCCCCUGGAUUAACAACUUCGUUGGUGUCUGGUUCGCCGGUCUGUUCGUGGUGUUGUCAAUGGUUAUGUUGAUCUGUGUAGGCGUGAAGAGCGACCUCUCUUUCCAGCCUGGAACAUUUGUGUUUGGUCAGUGGAUGAACGAGACUGGUUGGAGUGACGGCGUUGUCUGGUUUACCGGCCUUGUGCAGGCUGCAUACGGUCUGACAGCCUUCGACUCUGUCAUCCACAUGGUUGAGGAAAUCCCCGCGCCCCGCAAGAACGCCCCUCGCGUCAUCUGGAUGGCCGUGCUGUUUGGCGCUAUCACCGGUUUCAUCUUCAUGGUGGUGUGUCUGUUCUGUAUUCAGGAUGUCGACAAGGUCACCAAUGCCGACCUGCCUUUUAUGGAGCUUAUGCUCGAGACUGUCGGUCUGAAAGGUGGCGCUACCCUGAUUGCUCUGUUCAUUUUCAAUGGUCUCGGCCAAGGAAUCAGUGUCCUGACCACCGCCUCGCGCUUGACCUGGGGCUUCGCCCGUGAUGGUGGCCUUCCUUGGAGCCGGUACUUCAGCCACGUCGACCCGGUGUGGCAAGUCCCUGCUCGAUCGCUCUGGGGACAAGGCGUCAUCGUCGGCAUCGUUGGUAUCCUGUACCUGUUUGCCAAUACUGUACUGGAGGCCAUUCUGAGUGUCAGCACCAUUGCCCUCACCGUCUCCUAUGCCAUGCCCAUCCUCGCCCUCCUCGUGACCGGUCGCGACAAGCUGCCUCCUGGCCCCUUCCGUCUUGGUCGCUGGGGUCCAUGGUUCAACUGGGUUAGUAUCGUCUACUGCAUCAUCACGACCAUCUUCUUCCUCUUCCCUGGCGGUCCCAACCCCGCGCCCAGCGACAUGAACUACGCCAUUGCCGUGUUUGGUGUCAUGCUGGUCAUCGCGCUUGCCUUCUGGUUCAUCCAGGGCAGCCGUACCUAUCUGCAGACUGAAGACGCCAUUGCGCAGAUGGUCUACGCCCAACACCUGGAGGAUAACGGGCCACCUGCCCAGGAAGUGCCCGUUGGAUCCAAGUGA